AUGGCGACCGACAAGCCGGAUUCCUGCCCCUCAAAUGCUGAUAAUGUCUUUGGUCCUCUCAUUAUCUCAUCAUGUCGUGGUGGGCUGGAUUUCACCCUUCUCUUCGAGGAGGCUAUCCUGUCGAUGAUACCAGCGGCAGCCUUUCUCAUUGGAGCUACUUUCCAGGGCUUAUAUUUAAUUCGACAGCAGAAGAAAACAGUUCCCUGCAGCAGUGAAAGGGUUUUGAAAUAUAGUAAAAUAGUGAUUACCCUUAGUUUAACUGCCUUACAACUGAUCAGUUUAUUAUCAUGGUCUUCAUCUAAGAACUUCCCGACUCAGCUUUCGGCUCUAGCCGCACUGCUCUCAUUGAUCAGCUUUCUCGCGCUGACAGUUCUUUCUGCUAUUCAGCACGAUCGUGGCGUAAAUCCAUCAACAUUGAUUAGUGUCUAUCUUCUGGUAUCCAUAUCAUGUGACAUGCCUCAACUCAGAACAUUAUGGAUGCGCCACGGCUAUGGCUUAGUCUUUCUUGUGCGUACGGCCAGUCUAGUGCUGAAGACUCUUAGUCUUGGACUAGAGUCAAUGAAUAAGAGCGAUUAUCUUAAAAGUGCCUACCAGAAUCUUUCACCAGAGGCCUUAGGGGGUUUAAUUAGUCGCAGUUUGUUCUGGUGGUUAAACCCUAUCCUGUACCAUGGCUACAAGAAUAUCCUGGAGAUCGAGCAACUGCCGCCGCUAGAUGUGAAACUAUCUGCUGUGCGUCUUCAAGCAGAUUUGGUAAAUUUCUGGUCUAGCUGGCCCAAGUCAGGCAGUCACCCCCUGCUCUUUGCUACAUUAACCUGCUUCCGGAGACCCCUCCUCGAAGUUAUUCCUCCCCGGAUAUUUUCAAUAGCCUGCAAGUUUUUGCAACCUGUUUUGAUUAGAAAAGCUGUUUCGUUAAUGGGAGAACCUGAGAGUAGGGAGAAACAAGUCAAAGGUCUUGUUCUGAUUGGACUAGCAGCGUUUCUGUACAUUGGUAUUGCUGUGGGGACCGCAACAUACAAACACAAGAUAUACCGAAGCCUUGUCACCAUACGGGGUGGCUUGAUCGGUUUGAUAUACAAUGCAACACUGUCACUGGAUACCUUUGUGGCUCGUGAUACUGUUGCUAUUACCUUGAUGACUGCCGACGUUGAUAGAAUCAUGGCGGGAAUUGAAAUGCUUGAUGUUGUAUGGGCAACGCCGAUUGAGGUAACCCUGGCGGUAUUGAUGCUUAUACAGCAAGUUGGUUGGGCUUGCCUUGCUCCACUUUUCAUAUCGAUGGCCUGUACUUGUGCAACCAUUUAUGUCGGAAAACUAGCAACGAAUGCCCAAAAAACCUGGCUUGAUUCUAUCCAGCAGCGUGUCUCUGCAACGGCAGCGCUCUUGGUCAAUAUGAAGCCGAUUAAAAUGACUGGUCUCAUAGAGCCUUUAGCCAUGGACCUCCAAAACCGUCGUAUCAAUGAAAUCAAAGUUUCAAAAUCAUAUAGAAAGGUGGAUGCAGCUCAGCAGGCCAUUGGGAACACAUCGCUGGUUAUAACGCCGGUAGUGACUUUUUUGGCAUACGUUGUUCAGUCACAUGCAGCUAACAACGGGCCUCUUGACUCAAAAACGGCUUUUACCUCACUUUCUCUUAUUGCCUUGCUGAGUUAUCCAAUUGUAUAUUUUGUAUUCGCCGUCCCCCGCUUCACAGGAUCGAUAGGGUGUUAUGACCGAAUCCAGGCAUAUGUUUGCGACACAGCGCAAGACACAAGGCUCACAAAAUUUAGCUCAAAGGACUCUCACCAGCCUGAGACAAACAUAGAAGGUCCUAUUUCUGACGUGGUUUCUGAAGAUGAGACAGAAAAUAUCGAGCUCGAGUCUCUACUUCCAAAGAACGAUGCUCACAACCAAUCUGAAUAUAGCUGGCCGGAUAAUCCCAAUCGGCAAGAAAACUCUUCUAAGCUACCCAAUCCGACUGAUGGUACCUCUUUGGUGCAGAUCGAGCAUAUGAAUUUCUAUUACGGAGAUAAAACGCAGGUUUUACGCGACAUAACUAUUACUAUAACGAAAGGAGAGCUUGUUCUACUCACUGGCCCCGUGGGAAGCGGAAAAACGUCUCUGCUGCUUGCCCUCCUCGGGGAGCUGAAUGGUAGAAAUGGUUUGGAAUAUCGGCAAUCCUCCCUUUCAAUCGGCUUCUGUGCUCAAGAGCCCUGGGUUCCAAACUUUUCUAUUCGAGACAUAAUUGUAGGUAUCUCUUCAUUCAAUGAUCUAUGGUUUACACAAGUUGUGUCAAUUUGUGCUUUAGAUAAGGAUAUAUCCUGUUUACCCGACAAAGAGCACACAGUCGUCGGAAGUAAUGGAGCAAGCUUGAGCGGAGGCCAGAAGCAGAGACUUUGCCUAGCGAGGGCACUCUAUUCACGCAAAGAACUCUUGUUUCUUGAUGAUGUGUUCAGUGGACUUGAUGUGCCAACAGAGCAGGCUAUAAUCCAUAACGUAUUCGGUCAAAAUGGCUUUUGUAAAACGUAUGGAAUUACGGUUGCGCUUGCUACUCAUGCUGUGAAAUAUUACCAGUAUUUCGAUCGAAAAUUUGUUUUGCAAUUAGGAGGCACCAUUUCUGAGGAGAAAUCCGACAAAGACAUUGCUUUUAAUAGUGAGGAUAAUACCUCAGUUGAAUCAGAUGUACUUCUCGAUUCCUUGACAACAAACAACAACGUAUCUAUGAAGCCAAACCAAUCUCAGCCUACUAAAAGCUCAGAAAUGAGACAUGGAGAUCUUAGCCUCUACGUUUAUUAUUUCAAAAUGAUGGGUUGGGGGAUCACCGCUUUAAUCAUAUCCUCCUCUGCCACCUUUGUGUUCUGCUAUAAAUUCCCUGAUAUUUGGCUAAAAUGGUGGACUGAGUCUGAGAGUCAAAGUCCAGGCAAGCAUACCAAGAUGUAUCUCUUUAUAUACGGCAUACUCCCCAUUAUCGCUAUUCCUGCCUUAAUGGUCUUCGAAUGGUCUCUAAAAAUUGUCGCGGUUCCACGCACUGCAUCCAAACUUCACAAGACACUUUUAUCAACAGUGGUCAUGGCUCCGUACAAUUUUUUUGUUUCAAUCGACCCGGGAAAUAUUCUCAAUUACUUUAGUGAGGACCUCUCCAUUAUCGAUAUGCAAUUAACACUUGCCCUAGCGAAAGUCAUCGACGGCGUGUUCACAGUUAUUGCCGAGACUAUACUCAUCGCCUUCGCAUCCGCUUGGACAACACUUCUCUUUCCACCACUUGUAGGAGUGCUAUAUAUCCUACAAAAGUUUUAUUUGCGAACGUCACAACAAAUGCGUCUGCUAGAGAUUGAAGGCAGGGCGCCUCUCCACUCGCAUUUUCUCGAAACUUUGCAAGGACUGACAACUAUCCGCGCAUUUGCAUGGCAGUAUCAGUGGGACGAGAGACAGCGAUAUCUACUAGAUCAAUCACAAAAACCACUAUAUAUAAUGUAUUGUAUCCAGCGUUGGUUGAAUCUUAUCCUGGAUCUCAUCGUUGCUAGCUUUGGUGUUGUAGUGAUGUCACUGGCAACGCAGCUUCCUCGAUCGUCCACCGAAGGGGCUAUCGGCGUAUCACUAGUCAAUAUUCUGACAUUCAGUGCCACACUAACGUAUAUGAUUCAGGCAUGGGCGCAAUUGGAGACUUCUAAGGGUGCCGUGCAAAGAAUACGUGACUUCGCUGACCGAACUGCUUCUGAACAUCAGCUGGCUGAAAAUCAGAGACCACCCCCGGGAUGGAUCUCCAAAGGAUUUGUCAGUUUUGAAGGACUAUCUGCAUCAUAUAGCAUGGGGUCUGAUCCUGUCCUACGAGACGUCACGGUCAGAAUCUCCGCAGGCCAGAAAGUCGGUAUCUGCGGCCGAACAGGGAGGCAAGUACAAUACAAUGUGUAUUAUAACAAAUCCAAGCUAAGAGAACACAGUGGGAAAAGCACCAUGCUCCUUUCCAUUCUUCGUCUGACGGAGGUCCUUUCUGGAAGUAUUUCAAUAGACAACUUUGACCUCUCACGUAUACCACGAGACAUGAUUCGAAAAUCGAUAACGGUCAUCCCUCAGGACCCCGUCAUCUUUCAUGGUAGCAUCCGAUUUAACCUUGAUCCGGAAUAUAAGCAUUCAGAUGAAAGCAUCCGCCAGAUUCUUCGUCGAGUUGGACUGCAGGAAACGGCGGGUGCAGAUUUCGAGGCUGAUAUGAUGCAGUCCACAUCCGCAGCUCUUUCACGCGGUGAGUUACAGUUAUUCUGUUUGGCGCGAGCACUUCUACAGCAUGGUGAUUCGCGUCUUGUCGUGAUGGACGAAAUUAGCGCGAAUGUGGACACUAAAACUGAAGAGCAAAUUAUGCAAAUUGUCAAGGAAACCUUUACAGAUGCGACUGUAAUUGCCGUUGCGCAUCGUUUAAAAACAAUCCGUGACUCAGAUCUCAUUUUAGUCAUGGACGAAGGAAGGCUAGUGGAAGCUGGAAAUACAAAUAACUUGCUGAAUGAUCCAAAUUCGAGAUUUACACAGUUGUGGAAUAGUAUGGAGACUACAGGUAGUUAA